AUGGAAGAGAUCCUCGAAAUAUUAAAUAAAAGAGAGAUUUAUAGUUCUCCAUUAUCCAUUAAAUUACCUGCAUUAAAAAAAAUUGAAGAAUACGUAAAUGAGUCCUCAAACAAUGACGAAAAUGCUUCAAAAGUUUUGAAUAAAAUUUCCGAGACUUUAUUGCAGACUUUUUCAGUUUAUCAAGACCAAGAGUCUAAAAGGUUACUAGAAAACAUCUUUAUAGGUAUUAUGAAUAAGGACAAUGACAAUAACAACAAUGGCGAUACUGAAACUGUAGAUAAAUACUGUACCUUUAUCAUGAAGAUAGUUUCCUCUAAGAUGGGUACUAGAGCUGUUGUUGAUUACAUUAAUAUUUUCGAUUGGGUGGUUAAGUUUAUUGAAAAUGCUUUAGCCGCAACAACAACAGCAAUAAUAACUGAUGAAAGAAAACUUGCUAGACUACAAAAAUUGCUAGAAUUGUACGUUUAUGUUACUGAAUCUAUAGAAAUUUCAUUAGAGUUUUCUAAUAAACAUGAUUCUAAACAUAAAAAAAGAAUGCGUGACCAUAUUUUGCAAUCCACUAAGAAAGCAUUUAUGAAAAAUGCCAGCAAAAAGAAUUAUUUCCUACUAUUUAAAGAGAUUGAUUAUACCAAGAUUUUUAAAAUCCCAGCGGUGUACUCAGGUGUUAUCUGCUUAAUUGGAUCCUUAUCUAAAUUUGUUGAACAUGAGAUGAUUUCCACCCCUGCUGUCAGUGAAAUUUUUAUCAAUUCUCAGAUUGUUGAGAAUUUUGUUUCUUAUUUUGGUAAAGACGUCAUUUUAAGUAAGAACCCACCAUCUGUUGAAUGUUUAAAGGAAUUUUUACCUCCAUUUGUUUCUCGAUUUUUGACUCCUACACUCUUUACCGAACAUAUUGUACCAAAUUUGGAAAAGUGCAAUCUAAGGUCUCCUGAACACUCUUUUGUUAUUUCAACUGUUUUAUAUACGUGCUGCACCUUUCCAGUGGGGUCUAUUUUUGUUUCUACCAAGUUAUUAUCCCAGACACUUCAAUCUUUAAAGUCAAGUAAGGAACAUAUAAGGAAAGUUUCAUCAAACGCCUUGAUUUCUAUUUUACAAAAGGAUACCACAACUGAAGAAGUGUGCGAGAAGAUCGUUGAUGAAUUGUUUAGAACUUUAAAGACAAAUUUAAGUGCUGAUUUUAAGAUUAUUGCUGCUGACAUCUUAUAUAAUGUUCCCACCGUUGCCUAUAAUAAUCUAGCUUCUACCAUUUUGAAGCAUUUGUCCAAUUAUGUCUCUAAGGAAUCUAACGAACAUGUCUUAACAUACGAGUUAAAUGCAUUUUGUAGGCAUUUGCUUGUUUUGAAAGAUAAGGACGAGACUAAUCAAAUGCUAAAGAUCCUAGACAAUGGCAUGAAUGAUCAAAAACUAAAAAAAACCUGGAUGUGCACUAUUUUACUUAACUUUACUUUUGCAUCUGAAAACGUUUACCAGGCCAUCAUUCAAAAUCAAGAACUAUGCAAAUUUGUUUCAGAAACUUUAAAGGAGUCAUACAAACACGAUCAUUUACAAAUUUUGGCUUGUGUGCAAUUUCUGGAAACUUUUGGUGAUUAUUCUACAAACGAAGCCUUUAAUUUUAACGAUGCCUUGGAAAAUUUAGGUUUGAAUUUAGUGCAGAUUAGUUUGUCUAGAAAAUUAAAAUAUACCGAUCGUUUGAAAGGUCUCGCCCUUUUAAGUAGUCAAUUUUUAAAAUUUCCAGAUGUCGUUGGAAAAUCCGUUAUUGCUGCUUUGGAAUUCAUUUGUAUUAACGCGUCUGUGGUUGAAGAAAAAUUAUCUGUGUCAAUGGCUUAUAUUGUUCCUGUUUUUUUCGCCAUUUCUCAAAAAUUAAAUCAUAGCAACGAACAUAUAAGUGUAGAAAUCCUAAUCAACCUGUUAUACUCAGCCCAAUUCUUUGAUUCUCAAUUGAAAAAGAAAAAUGGCUGGGCUGGCUUAGCUUUACACGCUGGAUUAAACCCAGCAGAGGUUAUUUCCCAAAACUCUUCCAAAAUACAAGACAAAUUGAUAUCUGUGUCCAAAAAUAAAUCUUUAUUAACUACACCAUUUGCCAUUGCUGUUUUUAAAAGUGCUGCUUAUUCUGCCUUUAUUAACCCAGAUGUAAUGACUCCUAUUUUGACCAAAACAAUUAAAGAUGAUUUUAGCCAAGCAACCUUGCAAUUAAAGAAUGUUACUGAACAAGAUAUGUAUAUUUGGAAGACCGAAGUUAAAGCAGGUGAGCCGGUUAUAGAUGUUAUCUCUGAAUUUGAAAAUAAGAAAAAGAACCAAAUAUCAAAAAACUCAAAAGAUUAUGAAACUUUGAAGUGGGAAGAAAGUAUUAGAAGUAAACAAAAGGGGAAAAAUAUUUUAAAUAAUAAGCGUAGAUACACUAAAGAAGAACAAGCGUUAAUCAACACUCAAUUGGAAAAAGAAACUUUAGUGAGGAACAAGAUGGAUGGAAUUUAUUUUUGUUUAAAUCGCUCUGUCAAUAUUGUUAGUAAUCUUGCCAGAGAUGCUAUUCAAGUGGAAAAUGGGGUGUCCACUUGGUUUCCUGUUGCCGUUAGUGAGUUGUUGCAGUUAUUGGAAACUGAUAAAUACUAUGACAUAGUUAAAGACUUAGCACUUCAUGUAUUUUUGGAGUUGUCUUCUAUUUUAACUGAAAAACUGGGAUCAGCUAGAUAUUUUAUUGGUUUGGCAAUUUUACGUGCUUAUAAUGUGAAUCAUCUUCCAGAGACCUUGACUCAGGAGCCAUUAUUGGAUUUGAUUUCCAGAGUUUUGUUUAAGAUUAAAUUCUUAACUGAUAAAGCUCCUCUAAAUGCCAUUAAUUUAACUUAUGUUUUGCCAUUACUAAUUAAGGUUUUGGAAGAGGGCAAAGAGGUUGCUUUGAAAAAUUCCACUAAGCAUGUAUUGAAAACUGAAUUUAACGAAGAGGAUAAAGAAGAAGAACAUUUGUUGUUGGCUGUCGAAAUUGUGUCCUCGCAUGGUGAAGAAUUCCAAGAUCCUAACAUCCCCCGUGCAGAUAUUUUAAGCGUUUUGUUAUCUUUACUAGGUCUAUCCACUAAGGCUAAAUUGGCCAAGGACUGUUUCAACAUAUUAUGCCAAAAUAUUUCUGUUUCUCCGUCAGAAAAGGAUAUUAACAUGAUUUUAUCCUAUCUAUUAACUCCAAACCAAUUUGUUCGCACCACUAUAUUAGAGACCUUAUAUGAGGAGUUUGAUUUAAGCCCCUUUGUGAAAUAUUCGCCAGAAGUCUUUAUUUGUAUUUUUGAUGACGACGAAGCCUCAUCCCAAUUUGCUACUUGGGUUUGGGAAUCAAACAACUUUAAUAUUUGCGACGCUCUAAUCAAUGAUUUAUUGAUGAAGUUUUUUGGCCAAGAAGAUAGCGGGUUACGUUUGUUUGUGUCUGAAGCAUAUGCGGUUUCAGCUAAUAAAUUAGGCAGCAGUGAUCAUUCUGUUUUUAUUGGUUAUGUAGAUAAAUUAAUGAAAUAUUACGAUGAAAAGGCUCUUCCACCACAGCCAAUUUUGGAUGAAUAUGGUCUACUUGCUGUUUCUGCUGCUGAACAAAAAGAUCCCUGGGAACAUAGGAGCACAGUGGCUUUAUCUUUAAAGCAGUGCAUUGCUUAUUACAAAAGUGGUAUCACCUCGUCUGACAUUGUUAGUUUUGUGGAGUUUUUGAUUAAUAAUGGUGCUUUAGGUGAUAAAUCGCAGCUUGUACGUGAAGAAAUGAAAGACGCUGGUAUCUCGAUGCUAACUGCUUACGGUGCAGCAUAUGUCGAGGAAUUAAUUCCAAUUUUUGAAAAAGCUUUAAGCUCUGAUACCCCUGCAAUUGUUCAAGAAAAUGUAAUUAUAUUGUAUGGUUCCUUGGCCAGACAUUUAAAAGAAAGUGAUCCAAGAGUAACUAUUAUUGUUAGCAAAUUAUUAAAUACACUAGAUAACCAGUCUGAGGACGUUCAUAAAGCUGUUUCCGCUUGUAUUAGUCCGUUAGUUCCCUUAUUUAGAGCUAAAACGCAAGAAUUUAUUGAAAUGCUUUUCCAGAAAUUGUUUGAUUCAUCAAGUCCAAUUUAUAUCAGGAAAGGUGCGGCUUGGGGUAUUUCUGGGCUAGUAAAGGGGUAUGGUAUUUCCUCCUUAUAUGAGUUCGAUAUUAUCCGUAAUUUGGUCGAUGCUUCUGAGGACAAAAAAGAUUUGCAUCGUAGGGAAUCCGUUGCCUUUGCCUUUGAAUGUUUGUCUAAUUCUUUACAACAAUAUUUUGAGCCAUAUGUUAUUGAAGUUUUGCCAAAUAUUUUGAAAAAUUUGGGUGAUCAGUCCGCAGAAGUCCGUGAUGCCUCCAGUAAGUCAACUAAAGCUAUCAUGUCACAUACCACGAGUUUUGGUGUUAAGAAGAUGAUUCCCGUUGCUAUUGAUAAUUUAGAUGAUCUUUCGUGGAGAACUAAAAGAGGCUCCGUUGAGUUAUUGGGUUCAAUGGCAUACUUGGAUCCAACUCAAUUAUCCGCUUCCCUAUCUGUUAUUGUUCCUGAAAUUGUUCGUGUUUUAAACGAUUCUCAUAAGGAAGUGCGUAAAUCUGCUGAUCAGGCUUUGAAACGUUUUGGUGAAGUUAUUAGAAAUCCGGAAAUUCAAAAAUUGGUUCCUGUUUUGAUCAAGGCCAUUGGGGAUCCUACUAAAUACACUGAGGAGUCGUUGAAUGCAUUAAUUAAAACACAGUUUGUCCACUACAUUGAUGGUCCAUCUCUAGCUUUAAUUAUCCAUGUCAUUCACCGUGGUAUGCGCGAUAGAAGCGCCAACACCAAGAGGAUUGCUUGUAAGAUUGUUGGUAAUAUGGCAAUUUUAGUUGAUGCCAGAGACUUGGUCCCAUACUUGCAUCAGUUAAUUGAGGAGGUUGAAAUAGCUAUGGUUGAUCCAGUUCCUAGCACUAGAGCCACUGCUUCUCGUGCUUUAGGUGCACUAGUUGAGAGAUUGGGUGAAGAACAGUUCCCAGAUUUAAUUCCAAGCUUAUUAGCCACAUUGAGUGAUGAAACUAAGGCUGGUGAUCGUCUAGGUGCCGCUCAAGGUUUAGCUGAAGUUAUCAGCGGUUUAGGUCUACACAAAUUGGAUGAGUUGUUGCCUGCCAUUUUGUCUGGUGUCAACAAUUACCGCGCUUAUGUUAGAGAGGGUUUUAUUCCAUUGUUACUAUUUUUGCCGGUUUGUUUUGGUGCUCAAUUUGCUCCAUAUAUUAACCAAAUUAUCCAACCAAUUUUAAGUGGGUUGGCUGACACUGACGAAAAUAUUAGUGAUACAUGUUUGAAAGCUGGUAAGUUAAUUGUUAAGAAUUAUGCCAAUAAAGCUAUUGACUUAUUGUUACCAGAAUUGGAAAGUGGUAUGUUUGACGAAAACGAUCGUAUUAGACUUUCAUCUGUUCAACUUACUGCAGAUUUAUUAUUCCAAGUUACUGGUAUCUCCAGUAAGAAUGAGUUUGAUGAGGAUGAAGAGGUUGAACAGCAGCAUAGUGAAAUUGGGAAACAAAUGGUUCAAGUUUUGGGUGUUGAACGUCGUGAUAGAAUCUUGGCUUCGUUAUUUAUUUUAAGGUCAGACGUUUCUGGUAUUGUUCGUGCAGCCACUGUUGAUGUUUGGAAGGCAUUGGUUCCAAACACACCACGUAUUAUCAAGGAAACUCUACCAACACUAACCAACAUCAUUGUUAUCCAUUUGGCCUCCCCUAUAAAUGCUUUGCGUAAUAUUGCCGCCCAAUCGUUGGGUGAUUUAGUUCGUCGUGUUGGGAGCAAUGCCCUUUCUCAGUUGUUGCCAACUUUAGAAGGUUUGUUAGAAACUGCUGCUGACUCAGAUUCCAGACAGGGUGUUUGUAUUGCCUUGCAAGAGCUUAUUACAUCUUCUAACCCUAACACCUUGGUUGAUUUCCAAGAAGUUAUUGUGAGGAUAAUACGUAUUACAUUAGUUGACGGCAAUGAAACGGUCAGGGAAUAUGCUGCUGCUUCCUUUGACGCUUAUCAAGAGGUUGUUGGUAAAGUUGCUGUAGAUGAGAUUUUACCACAUUUAUUAAAUAUGUUAGGAUCUUCAGACAAUUCUGAAUAUGCCUUAUUAGCUUUACAGGAAAUUAUGGCUACCAAGAGCGAGGUCAUUUUCCCAGUUUUGAUUCCAACAUUAUUAGCUCCUCCUAUCGAUGCGUUCAGAGCUCGUGCUUUGGGAUCUUUAGCUGAAGUUGCCGGUUCUGCUUUAUAUAAGAGACUAUCAAGCAUUAUCAAUGCAUUAGUUGAUAGCUUAAUUAGCAUAAAAGACAAUGAUGUAGAACGAAUUGAAAUUGGAGAAUCUUUGGAUAAGGUUUUCGCUUCUGUACGCGAUGACGAAGGGUUACAUCCAUUGUUACAACAAAUUUUGUCACUGAUUAAACAUGAGGAUUUGAACAAACGUGUUGUAAUUUUGGAGCGAUUACCGAAUUUCUUUAAUUCUACCCAUUUAGAUUAUGGUAUUUAUAUUCAAGAGCUCGUUACCCAACUAAUUUUGUUAUUAGACGAUGAUGAUGCUAGAAUCGUUAAAGGUGCCUUUGAAUCGCUAACUGCUUUGGUAAAAAACCAAAACAAGACUAUUUUGGAAACUUUGGUUGCUCCGGCUGCUCAAGCUUUAAGAUUGACUGGAAACAAGGGCGAGGAAUUAGCUGCGUUCAAAUUGCCAAGAGGACCAAACUGUGUUUUGCCAAUUUUCUUGCAUGGUUUAAUGUAUGGUUCGAGUGACCAACGUGAAAGUUCCGCCUUAGCCAUUGCAGACAUUGUAUCCAAAACACCAGCCACGAAUUUGAAGCCCUUUGUCACUAUCAUUACUGGUCCAUUAAUCCGUGUUGUUGGUGAAAGAUUUAAUAGCGAUAUUAAAGCAGCCAUUUUAUAUGCUUUGAAUAUUUUGUUUGGUAAGAUCCCACAAUUCUUAAGACCAUUUAUUCCUCAAUUACAAAGGACUUUUGUUAAGUCUUUAUCCGAUGCAGGCAAUGAAACUUUACGUUUGCGUGCUGCCAAGGCUUUGGGUACUUUAAUUGAAUAUCAACCGAAGGUAGAUCCAUUGGUUGUUGAAUUAGUUAGUGGCGCCAAACAAGCUACUGACCCUGGUGUUAAGGCUGCAAUGUUGAAAGCCAUAAUGGAAGUUGUUACGAAGGCUGGUAAAAAAUUAAAUCAAACUUCCAAAAAUAAUAUAAUUGAAUUGGUUGAAGAAGAAAUCUUGUCUGCUGAUGAUAAAUUGGCAAUUGCUUACGCCAGACUAAUUGGUGCAUUAUCCGAGAUUUUGACCACGGAUGAAGCUAUAAGGAUUUUGAACGAAAAGGUUUUGGAAACAGGCAAUGAAGUGGAUUCAGAGUCUAGGAAGUUUGGUAUUUUGACUUUGAAUGCCUUUUUAAGGGACGCUCCGCAGCACAUUUUCGACAUGAAAGAUCAAAUUAUUGAAUAUUUGAUUUCUGCGUCUGAUUCCAAGGUGCCUUAUAUAAGUGAUAAUGGUUUAGUGGCAAUUGGUAAGAUUAUGUUGUUGGAAAAUGAAAAAAAAACGCCAUAUUCUAAUAUCGAAUCAACCGAGCCAUUUCAUUUGGGUGAAGAAAAUAGUUCCAAAUUGGUUACUCAACUAUGUAAAUGUAUGGUUUGUCCGGCUAGUAAUUCACCGGAUUCUAGAAGAUUAUCUUUAGUUAUUGUUAGAACUUUGGCUAGAUGUAAAUAUGAGGAAGCUAUUCAUCCAAACUUAGGCACUUUGGUUCCUAAUGUCUUCAGCUGCGUUAGAGAUUCCAUAAUUCCUAUUAAGUUGGCUGCUGAAAAGGCUUAUUUAUCUAUCUUUAGAUUGAUUGAAGAACCGGAUAAUAAUACAUUCAACAAAUGGAUGGAAGCCGUUAGUGGCGAAAGUUCCAUCACUAAUGCUGCGGAUGCUACUAUUCAAUUAAGAUCUAUUAGUGAGUAUACUAAGAGGGUUGGUUCUAGACUAGCUAGAGUCGAAAGAGACAGAAUUGAAGCAGGCGGUGACGCUGAAGCCAUGUUUAGUGAUAGAUUUGAAGAUGAGAAUGAAAUCUGGGCUGUAGGGGGUGUUGAUAUGAAUGUAAAUGAUAUUUGA